CGCGCCGCCGCCCCGGACUUGCCCGCGCUCUGCAGCCGGGGCAGGAGGGUCGCGACUGUCCUCGGGGGCCGUGAAGGAGGACGGCCCCGCGUGCAGCCCGUGCGCCCCUCGCCAUGGCGGCGCCGUCGCGGCUCCUGAUCCGCGGGGGCCGCGUGGUCAACGACGACUUCUCGCAGGCGGCCGACGUGCUGGUGGAGGACGGCGUGGUGCGCGCGCUCGGGCGCGACCUGCUGCCGCCGGGGGCCGCCCCCUCCGGGCUGCGGGUCCUCGACGCCGCCGGCAAGCUCGUCCUGCCCGGAGGCAUCGACACGCACACGCACCUGCAGUUCCCUUUCAUGGGCUCGCGGUCCAUCGACGACUUCCACCAGGGCACCAAGGCUGCCCUGGCAGGAGGCACCACCACAAUCAUUGAUUUUGCCAUUCCUCACAAAGGCAGCUCCCUCAUCGAGGCCUUCGAGACCUGGCGAAGCUGGGCUGAUCCCAGAGUCUGCUGUGACUACAGCCUUCAUGUGGGAGUGACAUGGUGGAGUGACCAGGUCAAAGAAGAGAUGAAAAUCCUUACCCAAGAUAAAGGUGUGAACUCUUUCAAGAUGUUUAUGGCCUAUAAAGAUCUGUACAUGGUGAGAGAUGUGGAGUUGUACGCGGCCUUCUCUUGGUGCAAAGAAAUUGGAGCAAUUGCUCAGGUCCAUGCAGAAAAUGGAGACCUAAUUGCAGAGGGGGCAAAGAAGAUGUUGGCAUUGGGCAUAACAGGUCCCGAGGGCCAUGAGCUGUGCCGCCCCGAAGCAGUGGAGGCAGAGGCCACGCUGCGGGCCAUCACCAUAGCCAGCGCCAUCAACUGCCCUCUCUACAUCGUGCACGUGAUGAGCAAGUCGGCAGCAAAGGUGAUAGCGGAUGCAAGGAGAGAAGGGAAGGUGGUGUAUGGAGAGCCCACUGCAGCAUGUCUCGGCACGGACGGUACUCACUACUGGAAUAAAGAGUGGCAUCACGCAGCCCACUAUGUUAUGAGCCCACCCCUGCGACCAGACCCAUCAACGCCAGACUUCCUCAUGAAUCUCUUGGCUAAUGAUGAUCUCACCACCACAGGGACUGACAACUGCACUUUCAACACCUGCCAGAAAGCUCUGGGGAAGGAUGAUUUUACUAAGAUUCCCAAUGGGGUGAAUGGCCUGGAGGACCGGAUGUCAGUGAUUUGGGAAAAAGGCGUGCAUAGUGGUAAAAUGGAUGAAAACCGAUUUGUGGCAGUUACCAGCACAAAUGCAGCUAAAAUUUUUAAUCUCUAUCCAAGAAAAGGAAGAAUAGCUGUGGGGUCAGAUGCUGACAUUGUGAUUUGGGACCCAAAAGCCACAAGGACUAUUUCAGCAAAAACUCAUCAUCAGGCUGUCAACUUCAACAUCUUUGAGGGCAUGGUUUGCCAUGGGGUGCCGCUUGUGACUAUUUCCAGAGGCAAAGUGGUGUACGAAGCUGGAGUUUUCAAUGUCUCAGCAGGAGAUGGGAAGUUUAUUCCUCGUAAACCAUUCGCUGAAUAUAUUUACAAGCGGAUCAAGCAGCGGGACCAGGCUCCUUCUGUUAGAGAAGCUUCACCAUCCAAGACCUGAAAUGCAAGACCUGCAAUUCUGUAAAACUUCUUGGAGUGGCGGUUCUCUAUCCUGGCUGCCCAUUAGAAUCACCAGGGAGCUUUAAACAGGCCAGUGCCCAAGCCUCAUCCCAGGCCAGCUACAUCAAUGUCUAUGAGGGUGAGUUUUCUGAUCUAUAAAGUGGUAAUAAGACCUACCCCCAACAGGGUUGCUGUAAAACACAAAUGCGAUCAUGCAUGUAAAAUACCUACUCUUCGAAAAAAAAUGUUUCUUUCUGGGGAUAGUGUAGAUUUCCAAUUCAGAAAUAGAGAAAAUAUUAUGAAAAUAGAAAAUCACUAUUUGGCCUCCCCAGUUUUGCACCCAUGGAUGCUAAAAUUAGAGGGUAAAUGAAUAAUGGCGAACAAGAUGUUUGCGUUGUCUCAGAGUAUUUCUCCACAAUAAACUAGUUAAUUGCAAAGGGAAACUUAGUAAGUUUCCUGUGAAAGACCAUGACAGACCCCAUCUUAACCCAGUGAUGUAAGGCAGCCUCACCAGUAAUGAGGGACCUCAGCGUCACGAUCCAAGGGGACACUGAGCAGAGCACAUUCUGUAGUAUUCCUGCAAAUGUACAUUAUCUGGGUUUACUUACCAGGAAACAUGAGACAAACCCAAAUCAAAGGACAUUUUACACAGUAACUGACCGGGACUCUUUAAAAGAGUCAAGGUCAUGAAAGAAGACUGCAGAGCUGUCCCUGACUGGAUGGGACUGAAGAACUAUGAAAACUAAAAGCAGUGUGUGAGCCUAGAUUGAACUAAGUACUGGAAAAGGGAUAUUAGUGGGACAAUUGACAAAGAGUCAAUAAACUCUGUAGAUCAUG